AUCUCAGCCGUUCGAUCUUUCUCCGACCAUGCCGAUCAGAAACAUCGCCGUUGGCCGUCCCGAUGAAGCCACCCGCCCCGACGCCUUAAAGGCGGCGUUGGCUGAGUUUAUUUCAACUAUGAUCUUUGUCUUCGCCGGCUCAGGCUCAGGAAUGGCUUUCAACAAGCUCACUGAAAAUGGAGCCACCACUCCCUCCGGCCUCGUAGCCGCCUCGUUGGCACAUGCUUUUGGACUCUUUGUCGCCGUCUCCGUCGGCGCCAACAUCUCCGGUGGACACGUUAACCCUGCCGUUACUUUCGGCGCUUUCGUUGGUGGUAACAUCACUCUCCUCCGUGGUAUACUCUACUGGAUUGCUCAGCUACUUGGCUCAGUCGUUGCUUGUCUCCUCCUCAAGUUCGCCACCGGUGGUUUGGUUGUACCGGCUUUUGGCCUCUCCGCCGGAGUAGGAGUCUCGAACGCUUUGGUUUUCGAGAUCGUGAUGACCUUCGGGCUUGUCUACACAGUCUACGCCACUGCCGUUGACCCCAAGAACGGAAGUCUUGGAACAAUCGCUCCCAUCGCAAUCGGUUUCAUUGUUGGUGCCAACAUCUUAGCAGGAGGAGCCUUCAGUGGAGCCUCCAUGAACCCCGCCGUGGCUUUUGGACCAGCGGUUGUAAGCUGGUCGUGGAACAACCACUGGGUCUACUGGGCCGGACCUCUUGUUGGUGGUGGACUCGCUGGACUCAUCUACGAGGUUUUCUUCAUCAACACCACCCAUGAGCAGCUCCCAACCACCGACUACUGAAUCAAUCUCUCUGUUUCUCUCAUGUGUAAUUUGAUUUGUCGUCUUUGAAUUUCAAUGUUUUUUUUUAAGUUUGUGUAAUUUCGCAUCAGCAUGGGUUUAUGACCGUUGGAUCUUUCAAAUGAAUCAUUUUCUGUUUGAUUUCUAGAGUUGUAAUUGCAAAUAUUGUGAAUUAUGUAUCUAUCUCAUCUUACGUUUGUGCCGUUUCGUC